AUGGCUUUUACCACUAUAGCUUAUACUGAUAUCCUGAGUGAAAUAAACUAUGCCAGCAAAAGCAGUUUUUUGCUGGUAGCAUGUCAGUCAGUAGAUGUUCAAGUUUUGCAUAAACUGACUCUAUUAACAAAAAUCCCUUUUCCUGAGAUUACAUGCAUCAUAAGUAUUCUUUUCUCUUUUCUAGAUGAUCAUGGGAACAGCAAUGGCAGUCAUGUAAAAAUCUUUUUACCGAAAAAGCUGCUUGAAUGUCUACCAAAAUGUUCAAGUUUACCAAAAGAGAGGCACCGUUGGAACACUAAUGAGGAAAUUGCAGCUUAUUUAAUAACUUUUGAAAAGCAUGAGGAAUGGCUAACAACUUCCCCUAAAACAAGACCACAGAAUGGAUCUAUGAUCCUGUAUAAUAGGAAGAAGGUGAAAUACAGGAAAGAUGGAUAUUGCUGGAAAAAGAGGAAAGAUGGAAAAACCACUAGAGAAGAUCACAUGAAACUGAAGGUUCAGGGAGUAGAGUGUUUGUACGGCUGUUAUGUCCAUUCCUCUAUCAUCCCCACUUUCCACAGAAGGUGCUACUGGCUUCUUCAGAACCCUGACAUCGUAUUGGUGCACUACCUGAAUGUACCUGCCAUUGAGGACUGUGGAAAACCGUGUGGCCCAAUCCUGUGUUCAAUAAACACAGACAAGAAGGAGUGGGCAAAAUGGACAAAAGAGGAACUCAUUGGACAGCUCAAACCGAUGUUUCAUGGCAUUAAGUGGACAUGCAGCAAUGGCAACAGCAGUUCAGGAUUCUCUGUGGAGCAGCUUGUGCAGCAGAUCCUGGAUAGUCAUCAGACAAAACCCCAGCCUCGAACGCACAACUGUCUCUGCACUGGUAACUUGGGAGCAGGUAGCAGUGUGCAUCACAAGUGUAACAGUGCCAAACACCGCAUCAUAUCACCAAAGGUCGAGCCAAGGACAGGUGGGUACAGCGCUCACUCGGAGGUACAAAAUAAUGAUGUGUCUGAAGGCAAGAACGAGCACAGUCAUGGAAAGACCUCCAGCCGGGAGAAGAGGAAUGGUAAAGUGGCAAAGCCAGUGCUGCUCCAUCAAAACAGUACUGAGGUCUCUUCCACCAACCAGGUGGAAGUUCCUGACACAACCCAGAACUCCCCUGUGUCCAUCAGCAGUGGAUUAAAUAGUGACCCUGAUAUGGCUGACAGCCCAGCUGUCACAGGUGUCUCCAGCAUGGCUGUUGCCUCAGUGAUGGGAAGUUUGUCACAAAGUGCCACAGUGUUUAUGUCAGAAGUCACAAGCGAAGCUGUGUACACCAUGUCGCCCACCUCUGGCCCAAAUCAGCACCUCCUUUCCUCAGAUGCAGCUGCACAGGGACUGGUCCUGGCGGUGAGCUCAGAUGGCCACAAAUUUGCUUUUCCCACUACAGGCAGUUCAGAAAGCUUGUCCAUGCUGCCCACCACUGUCUCAGAGGAGCUUGUGCUUUCCACAACCCUGGAUGGUGGCAGAAAAAUUCCAGAAACCACCAUGAAUUUUGAUCCAGACUGUUUUCUUAACAAUCCCAAGCAGGGACAGACUUAUGGUGGAGGAGGCCUGAAAGGAGACAGCCUUGGUACCAACAUCAGGCAGUCACCCACAUCAGAACGUGGAUUUAAUUUCAGUGCAGCCCUCACUAAAGAGAUUAAAACUGAGGACACAUCUUUUGAACAACAGAUGUCCAAAGAAACGUUUUCCUCCACCUCUGCAUCUAAUUCUCUCACCCUCACCACAGGUACAGGUUUGCUUCCGUCAGGGGGAGGCCUGAGCCCCAGCACGACCUUGGAGCAAAUGGACUUCAGUGCCAUUGACUCCAACAAGGACUAUUCUUCCAGCUUCAGCCAGACAGUCCAGAGUCCCCAUGUCCACCAGACCCCCUCCCCUAGCUUCUUUCUGCAGGAUGCCAGCAAACCUCUUCCCCUUGAACAAAAUGCCCACACCAACUUGAAUGACACAAAUGGAUCAUUUGUGAAUACUUUAGGAAUCCCCAAUGUGAAAACAGAAUCUUCCUCCCAGACAACUUCUAACUGUAAUGGCACAGUGGAAACUCGAAUAGAAUCCACCUCUUCCCUCCAGCUCAUGCAGUUCCAAGCAAACUUCCAGGCUAUGACUGCAGAAGCUGAAGUUCCCAUGGAGACCUCCCAGCAGGCAGAAGGGAAUGAAAAUCUACUUAAAUCAGGGGAUCUUCAAGCCUGCAGUACAGAACACUACUUGCAGCCUGAGGCCAAUGGUGGUAUCAGGAAUGGGAACAAUCUGUCUAUCCUGCAAGGAAACAUGGUACAAGGACUCUACCCUGUGGCCCACCCCAGCUUAAAUAACUCCUCCAACAUGGAGCUUAACUUGGACCACUUUGACAUCUCCUUCAGCAAUCAAUUUUCUGAUCUGAUAAAUGAUUUCAUAUCUGUAGAAGGUGGGAGUAAUACUAUCUAUGGGCACCAGCUGGUGUCAGGUGACAGUGCUGGGCUCUCUCAGCCUGAAGAUGGCAACAGAGCAACCUACAGCCAGGCCGAGAUGUGCAUCCCAUGCUGCAGCCCACAGCAAGCCAGUAUGCAACUCAGCAGUACCGAGAAUGGAGCCAGCACCAUGGCUUAUAUGCACGUUGCUGAGGUGGUCUCAGCAGCUGCCGCACAAGGUGCCCUGGGGCUGCUGCAGCAGAGUGGGCGCUUGUUCAUGGUGACAGAUUACUCACCGGAGUGGUCUUACCCAGAGGGGGGAGUGAAAGUCCUAAUCACUGGCCCAUGGCAAGAGGCUAACAGUAACUACAGCUGUCUGUUUGAUCAGAUCUCAGUGCCUGCAUCUUUAAUACAGCCAGGGGUGCUGCGCUGCUACUGCCCAGCUCAUGACACCGGACUUGUGACCCUGCAAGUUGCUUUCAACAAUCAGAUCAUCUCCAACUCGGUGGUGUUUGAAUAUAAAGCCAGAGCUCUGCCAACCCUGCCUUCUUCCCAGCAUGACUGGCUCUCUCUGGAUGAUAACCAGUUCAGGAUGUCGAUCCUGGAGCGGCUUGAGCAGAUGGAAAGGAGAAUGGCCGAGAUGACGGGUGCCCAGCAGCACAAGCAGGGAGUCGGAGGCGGGGGCAGCGGGAGCGGGAAUGGAGGCACCCAGUCACAAUGCGUGUCUGGGCCUGGGACACUGGGCAGCUGCUUCGAGAGCCGUGUCGUGGUGGUAUGCGAGAAGAUGAUGAGCCGUGCCUGCUGGGCCAAGUCCAAACACCUGAUUCACUCAAAGACUUUCCGAGGCAUGACACUGCUGCACCUCGCCGCUGCCCAGGGCUACGCCACACUGAUCCAGACCCUCAUCAAAUGGCGCACCAAGCAUGCAGACAGCAUUGACCUGGAGCUAGAAGUCGACCCUCUGAAUGUGGACCACUUCUCCUGCACACCCCUGAUGUGGGCAUGUGCUCUAGGCCACAUGGAUGCAGCUGUUGUGCUGUACAAGUGGGACCGCCGUGCUAUUUCUAUUCCUGAUUCCCUUGGGAGACUGCCCCUGGCUAUUGCCCGGUCUCGGGGUCAUGUGAAAUUGGCAGAGUGCCUCGAACAACUUCAGCGAGAUGAGCAAGCUCAGCUUGGGCAAAACCCCAGAAUCCAGUGCCCUUCAAGCGGAGAGUCCAACAUGGAGAGCUGGGUGUCCCAAUGGCAUAGUGACAUAAUCAGUUCUCAAGAGCCCCCAAAGGGAGUCACUGUUAUUUCCAGUUCCAGUACAGAGUUAAGACGACCAAGGUCUGAGCCCUCCAAUUACUAUAGCAGUGAGAGCCAGAAAGAUUACCCAGCACCCAAGAAACACAAGCUGAGCCCUGAGUACUUCCAGAUACGGCAGGACAAGCUGCUCUCCACAGCUCUGAGCCUGGAGCAAUCAAGCCUCCGGAAGCACAGUGCCAGCUCCAAGCAGCCAGCCCCAGAGACAAUCAGCCCCAGUGAAGGGAUGAGGGACUAUGGCCGGGAGCUGUCCCAGCACCUCCCAGACAGCACUGGGUACCGUGGCCCUGGCAGCCAGGCAGGGAUCAAAUGGAGCCCCAAAGACCUUUACAUUGGGGUGUCCACGGUGCAGGUGACAGGGAGCCCGAAGGGGCAUGCACUGGGGAAGGACACGGUGGCCCAUAGCUUGCACCAGCGGGAGCAAAUGAACGUACUGCUGAUGGCUGACAGGGAGAUAGUGGACACGGAGCUGCUGUCCUACCGUGACAAUGUGGAGAACGAGGACUGUUUGCACCAUAUGGAAGACUUGCAGGUGAAUAUGAUGACAUUGGCAGAGCACAUCAUUGAAGCAACACCUGACAGGAUCAAGCGGGAGAACUUUGUGCCAAUGGAGUCGCCGCUGGUGGAGAGGACAGAUGGUGCUGCCAUUAGCACCACCAUGAGCUGGCUGGCCAGUUACCUUGCUGAUGUCGACCAUCUUCCAAGUGCUGCGCAGAUCAGAAGUUUGUAUAGUGAACCCCUGACCCCUUCUUCAAACACCAGCCUGAGCCCGGUCGGCUCACCAAUCAGCGAAACAGCUUUUGAGAAACCCAGCCUUCCCUCAGCAGCAGACUGGUCAGAAUUUCUGAGUGCGUCCACCAGCGAGAAGGUUGAGAACGAGUUUGCACAGCUAACUCUGUCUGAUCAUGAGCAGAGAGAGCUCUAUGAAGCUGCCAAACUUGUCCAGACUGUGUUCAGGAAAUACAAGGGCCGUCCCCUCCGGGAGCAGCAGGAAGUGGCUGCUGCAGUCAUUCAGCGUUGUUACCGAAAAUAUAAACAGCUUACUUGGAUAGCCUUGAAGUAUGCACUUUAUAAAAAGAUGACACAAGCUGCCAUCCUUAUCCAGAGCAAAUUCCGAAGCUAUUAUGAACAGAAAAAAUUUCAGCAGAGUCGCCGAGCAGCAGUGUUGAUUCAGCAGUACUAUCGCAGCUACAAAGAGUGUGGGAAGAGGAGACAGAACCGCCGAGCAGCUGCCAUUGUACAACAGAAACUCAGAAGCAGUCUGCUCACCAAGAAACAGGAUCAAGCUGCUCGCAAGAUCAUGCGGUUUUUACGACGCUGCCGCCACAGCCCUCUGGUGGACCAUAGGCUGUACAAAAGGAGUGAAAGAAUUGAAAAAGGCCAAGGAACUUGAAGAGACGCAGCAGCAUCCCGUAGCAAUGUGACAUUGCUUUUCAGACUGUUUUCAUUUUCUGUUUUUAGCAGAGACAUAUAACAGCAACAACAAAAAACACCCUACUGCAGGUCUGGGAGGAUCAGCUGCAGGAUUUUAACAGUAAUGUUUUGGUCAUUGCAUUUGCACUUUCAUGGACAACUUUUAAUUUGUUCAGCAAGACAUCUUGGAACUCAAUCUUCUGUUGGAUCAUGAGAUAAAAGACACCAGGAGGAAUUUGUGAGUUGCUUCAUUCUCUCAGAAAGAAGAAGCGAUUAAUUAUCCUUUUCACAUAGGGCUGUAUUAAAACAAUGUGUGGAACUGUACAAAUAUUAUACCAAAAAUAUUGUUAAGAAAAGUUGGGAAUGCACAAGCAACACAAGAAUGCUAUUCCUGCACCUGUCAGGCAUCUCCAAGAACCUGAAGCUUUGGGAUUCUCAGUGGAGGGGCUUAGAUCAGUAAAUCUUUAUUGGGUCCAUGCAUUCUCAUUUUGUUCGUACUUCUGUCCUUUGUUUUUGUUUGAAUCUCUCUACAGCACACUUAAUGCAACUUUUUAAAUCUGCAGGUUUUUAAUACAUCCCUGGGGAAUUUACAGAGGGGGUUGGCUUCCAAGGUAAACGGGUAAUGCAUGGGAAACAAAGAGAGCAGCUCGAUCAAGUUUUACAGUUUCUUUUUGGUAUUUUUCUAGAACCUGCAAGUAUAUCAGUUGUCAUGUACUUUUUCUCAUAUUCAGCACUUUAUUUUCUAGCCUUACUCUCAUGUGAUAUUUUAAUUAUUUUCUUAAAAUAAUUUGUAAAGCAUGUAGUAUGUUCUUUUUGGGAUUUUUUUAAAGUAACCUUUAAAUUUCUUGUUCUACAGAGUCACAUACAUAUGUUGCCUGGACAUUUUUACCACCUAAAGAUCAGAGUGGUGCUGCAUUCUGGCCAGUAAAUUUCUUAUUUUGGCUAUUUCAUCAAAACCUGGGCAGUUUCUGUAUAUAUAGAAGGUAGAAAUGGAAAAUGAGAAAUAAUAUUUGAAAGGGAAUAUAUUGAUUAAUUACUAAAUAUUUUAUUCACAAAGGGUCAAUAACUUGGCAAGAUAAAAUUAUUAUUUGUAUAGUUUUGUCUGAAUGAGCGAGAAGAGUGUGGAUGUAUUGUUUGUACAUAUUGUAUAUAUUAAAACAAAGAGAUAUGUGCAUGAAUUCAAGAAAAAAAGAAAUGAAAAAAGCAAAGCAUUAGUGGCUAUGGUCUGUAAAAUGAAACAAAAACUUUAUUUCACUAUAAGAAACUUUAUUUUAAAUGUUCUUUAGAAGAACAUUUUGCUAAAGCAUGACUAAAUGGCAAAAAAGAGCUACUGUAUUUAGACUUAGGAAAAAAGGCAGAGUAACAUUACUAAAAAAAGGAUAUGUUUACAUUUGAUUUUGGCUACCAGGAGUUUAUUUUAUUUUAUUUUAUUUUAUUUUUCUUUCUUUCUGUAUUUCUUUUGCCAAUGGUGCCAAGUAAUGUGAAUGCUAAUAUUGCUUAAAAAAAUUAAGUUACUUUCGCAAAGCAGAUAAUCAUAAGAAUACAAAAUCGUAUCUAGCUUAACACCAUACACUCACUCCAAUAAAGAACACUUAGAAUGAACAUAAACUGAAAAAAAAAGAAAUAGUAUGAAAGUAGAAAAUAUGUUUCACAUUUUCAUAUCUCCUGCUGGAAGUCAGAAAAUGUAAUAAAAAUUGCACAAAAAUAAAAAAAAAUAAAAAUAAGUAACAACUUAAAAGAUGCAAACUGAUCUUGUAGGGGUGUCAUGGUAUAUUGCUAUUUCCACAUAGAGAGGAGCCAAAGAAAUCAGAUAUUUUAAAAAGUGAAAUACUAAUGUAAAACUGUCGUAAAGUUUGAACAGGAUGGGCAAGAUUCUGAUCUUAAUUGCACUGGGACGUAUCAGGAGUAAUACCCCUGAAAUUGGCACAGUUACUCUGGGUUUACACAGGUGUAGCUAACAUCAGAAACUGCUCCUGUGUGUUUAUUUUGCUCGUGCCAGUUUAAAAUUUCCAAAUGAUUGGUGUACAUUUUAGAUAGUUAGUUUUAGAAUAGUUGUUCUUACUUGAUCCAGGCCACCAACUGAAAUCUUUAAUUGCAAGGCUUGUUGUGAAGCCUAAAAAUAUCACAGAUUAUAAGCUUUUAAACUGGUGUCUUUAAAAGAAAAGACAAAGGUUGUGGCAAAAAAACUGGGGUCAGUGCUCUUGGUGCCUUUUCUAUAAUUGUACCUGUUUUUAAUUACUUCUUUUCACUGCCAGCAUUGAAUUACAGUGUAUGUGCUAUAGCUCAUGAUCAGAACACUCUGUACAUUUGUGAACUGCUGCUUUAUGAUCUGAUUCAAUAAGAGAAAUUGUCUGGCUCCCACAUUGUGGCUGUGGCAGCCUUUUAACUUCAAUUUAUUUUAUUGAAUUGGAAUACACAUUAUGUAUUCCACACACAAAAAAUGGGAACAGGAAAUGGAAAAAAGAAACUCCUUCUGGAACGCUCUGUAUUAAUACUGGAAGAAUUCUGACACUUUGAAUAUGUUUGUCCCAUUUACCAGUAUUACGGCACAUAUAAUUGAUCUUUUCCUAACAAGAAAGAGUAAUGACCUCAGUGGCAGUAUUUAACCCCUUGCGUUUGUACUGAGAAGCCAUGUCUACACAAGAUGCUUUAAUGCGCAAUAGGCUAAUCUACUGUGUCUACUAAUCUAAGUGUCACUGCUUACUGUGAAGUAAAUUAGUUUACUGCGUAGUAAAUUUACUGCACAGUAAAGCCAAAUAGCAUUAACUGCACAUGUAGACAUGCCCACAGAGUCAGUAAUAUACAGAGCUAUUUCAAGUUACUCUUCCAAAUCCAUGGGCCUUGUGAUGUAUCUACUGAUAAAGGCCCUGCUUCAGCCAAACACAUAAGUACAUGCUUAAUAUCAAGCAUGUAAGCAAUUCUGUUAGCUUCCAUAGGAGUAUUCACAUGCUUAAAGUUAAGUAUAUCCUUAAGUGCUUUGCCAUGUCAGGUCACAAGUCUUCAGUGUAUCAGUGACCACUGGUGAGUUAAAUGCACUGUCCCACUGAAGUGAAGUGAUUCUAUUCACCCUUUUCUUGAUUGUGGAACUCAUAUUUUAAUAGAAGAUAGUGCAGCUUUCUGGGAAAAUCAGGAUUCCCAAGUGCCAGGAGCAGGAUCUUCUGUCUCCUGCAAGUGGAAUUGCUCCUUCAUGUAACACAUCUGAAAACAGUAAUACUGUGUGAAAGAAAUACAGAAUAUAACAUGAACCCCCUCUAUGGUUGCACGCUUACAGCAGUUCCACACAAUAGUUGGCGCCCGAUGGGGAGUCCCCAAAACUUGCAUGUAAAACUAGUAUAGAUGUCUCUCUUUUGUAAGUUUUAUUUUUGUAACUGUGCAUGUAAAGCAUCACUGAAUCAAUGGAUCUGUUGAAGAACUCAGCUGCUGGAACCAUGCAAAAUGUUUUGAAUUGCCCUUAAAAUAUGGAAAAUGUUUUCUGAAUGCUUUAUAUUCUUUCUGCUGUAAAUUAAAAACAAAGAAAAUUUCCCCAUA